UGGUGGAGAGGCUUUUAUAUGAAAUGGCCAGAAAACCUGCUUGCUAGCAGCCGCGGAUUAAUAGUUUAUUUUUCUUUCUUUUUCUCAAGAACCAAUUCAGUUACACGGAUAGGAGCUGAUGACAUUCGUUUCGUUCACCUAAGAACGACGUAGCUACCGUUACUAAUAGACUGUUUAACACGCACUUGGGAUCGUUUCGUGGAAUUGUCUUUAUAUAUUUUAUUUUAAAUGGCGAGCUUUCUAUGUGGUACUUUCAUUCGUACCUCGACUGUUUCCACAAGAUCUGUUGACUAGAUUGCAAUUGCCCUGGAGCUGCACUUCUGCACACCUUUGAGCAGCAGUAUGAUGCAGGCAGGAGUCUGUCUGAGACAGGACACUGAGACAACACUACCAGAGCUCACUGAGCAGCACAGGAUCAGACUGAAAGAAGAGGAACUCAGUGGACUGGAGUCUGUCCACAUGGCAGAGUCAGAGACUGAGUGUACUACACCAGGACUCAACACACUGGAGCCAGAGUGUGUUACAGCACACAGUGGGGUCAGUGCUGUACACCACACUGACUCACCAUUGAUAAAAACAGAAACUGAUCUGGGUCCCACCAACACUGGGGAUCUUAUUAAGACAGAGAGCCUAGACUUUACAGAGCUGGGAUAUGUAACCCAUCUGCAUCCUGACCAAAUCAAAACAGAGACUGAUGAUGGAGGCUACAUUAAGGCUGAACACAUCAGUGUCCUGCAGGAAAUUAAAUGUGAUGAUAUUAAAUUUGAUGAAGUGAAGUUUGAAUCUGGUGAAAUAUUAGUGAGUGAUCUCAUGAACACUGUGCUUAAUGGAGCUGGUGUUGUUCACCAAGACCAGACUGAACCAUGGCAGUGUGCAGGAGAGUCAAAUCCAAACUGCUGGAAACCAGGGAAAGAACAGGACCGUUCCACCCAGCAUGCGAGAUGCCUUAAUGAGCCAUCCGAGUUAAUCCAAGACAAGGGAAGCCAUACCGGUGAAAAGCCCCACCAAUGCUCUCAGUGUGGGAAGUGUUUUUUAAAAGCAUCUGUUUUACAGAGACACCAGAGAGUUCAUACAGGCGAAAAGCCCUACAGAUGUUAUCAGUGUGAAAAGAGUUUUUCAGUGAAGGCUGUUUUGAAGGUCCAUCAGAGAAUUCAUGCAGGGGAAAAGCCCUACAAAUGUAAUCACUGUGGCAAGGGUUUUAUUCUGAAAUCACAUUUAGACAGACACCAGAUAAUUCAUACAGGUGAAAAGUCCUACAUGUGUACUCAGUGUGAGAAGUGUUUUUUCACAAAAGCUGACUUAAACAAACAUCAAGUAAUUCAUACAGGUGACAAGCCAUACACAUGUACCCAGUGUGGGAAGUGUUUUCUUCGGAAAUCUAAUUUAAUUACACACCAAAGAAUUCAUACUGGUGAAAAGCCCUACACAUGUACUCAGUGUGGGAAAUGUUUUCUCAUGAAAAAUUAUUUAACUGACCAUCAGAGAAUUCAUACAGGUGAAAAGCCUUACAAGUGUGAUCAGUGUGGGAAGUGUUUUUUCAAGAAAAGGGUUUUAGCCAACCAUCAGAGAAUUCAUACAGGUGAAAAGCCCUACAAAUGUGAUCAGUGUGGGAAGUGUUUUCUUCGGAAAUCAAAUUUAAGUAGACACCAAAUAAUUCAUACAGGUGAAAAGCCCUAUAAAUGUGAUGAUUGGGAAGUGUUUCAUUUGUAAAUCUCCAAAAGAUACAGCGCUUUAUCCAAAGCGCUGUACAAUUGAUGAUUUUCAUUCACCCAGUCAUACUCACACUCACACCAACGGUUUUUGGCUAGAGUUCCUAGAGUUCAUUUCAAGUGUGGCAUCUGCAUUUGGAAUAUUGCAUAACAUUACAUGUCAUUUGGCUGCCACUUUUAUCUGAAAAAUGCAGGGUUAAGGGCCUUGCUCAAGGGCCCAAUGGCUGUGUGGAUCUUAUUGUGGUUAGAUCAGGGAUUGAUCUACCGACCUUGCGAGUCCCAGUCAUGUACCAUAAACCACUAUGCUGUUGCUGUUGACUCUGUCAUUGUCAGUGAAGCUGAAAAAAUAGCCAACUGACUGGCACAAACUGUUUUUUGUACCAGAGUACCAAGUAUUUUGGACUGUCAUUUCUGAUUCCUUAAUAAAUGUAAUUUUCUUGUGCUUUAAAGAAAUGUCUGCUGUGAUGGAAAUGACAGAAAUGUAUUUGUUUGGAAAGAAUUUUUGAGCAGCUGCUUGGAUAUGAAAAUAAACAUGGUAACUAAAAGAAACCCAA